AUGACGCUGUUUAUCCUGACCGAGACAAGCGCGGGCUAUGCCCUGCUCAAAGCUAAGGACAAGAAGCUUUUGAAGAGAGACGACCUCGCUACUGAAGCUUCUACGGCAGAGGGUGUUUCUGGCCUGCUGAAGUUGAAGAGCUUCCAGAAGUUCGACAGCGCUACCACAGCUCUUGAGGAAGUCGCUUCCCUCGUCGAAGGAAAGGUUACGCCUCGUCUUGCUAGCCUGCUUGAUGAGAUUAAGGAUGAGAAGAAGGUCUCGCUCGCCGUUGCUGAUCCCAAGCUGGGUAACGCCAUUGGCAAGCUUCCCGGUCUUGACAUCUCACUUGUCGCCGAUUCCACAACGGCCGAUAUCUACCGCGCGAUCCGUGAACAUUUGCCCACACUAAUUCCCGGCCUCCUUCCCCAGGACAUGUCCACCAUGUCUCUGGGUCUGUCCCACUCUCUUGCCAGACACAAGCUCAAGUUCUCUCCCGAUAAGAUCGAUACCAUGAUUGUUCAGGCCAUUGGUCUUCUCGAUGAUCUGGACAAGGAACUCAACAACUACGCCAUGCGUGUGAAGGAAUGGUACGGCUGGCAUUUCCCCGAACUGGCCAAGAUCCUCAACGACAACAUUGCCUACGCAAGACUCGUCCUCAAGAUGGGUAUGCGAACCAACUGGGAGUCUUCUGAUCUUGCGGAGAUCCUCCCCGAGGAGAUUGAGGGUGCUGUGAAGGCCGCUGCCGACAGGUCUAUGGGUACAGAGAUCAGCGAGGAGGAUUUGGAGAACAUUCAGGCUCUUGCCGAGCAGGUUAUCGGCUUCGCCGAGUACCGCUCGCAACUUGCUGGUUACAUCACUGCCCGCAUGAACGCCAUUGCCCCUAACCUUACUGCUCUCGUUGGCGACCUGGUCGGUGCUCGCCUUAUUGCUCACGCCGGUAGCCUUACCAACCUCUCCAAGAGCCCCGCCAGUACUCUUCAGAUCCUUGGUGCCGAGAAGGCGCUGUUCCGCGCUCUGAAGACUAAGCACGACACGCCCAAGUACGGUCUCAUUUACCACGCCUCUCUGAUCGGCCAGGCCACCGGAAAGAACAAGGGUAAGAUGGCUCGUGUGUUGGCUGCCAAGGCCUCCCUCGGUAUCCGUGUCGAUGCUCUCGCCGAGUGGGAUGACGAUGUUGCUGAGGAGGAGAAGUCCGCUCUUGGUACCGAGGCCCGAUACAACCUGGAGAAGAAACUUGCUGCUCUGGAGGGCAAGCCUCUCAAGCCCCGUGGUGUUGCCAUUGCUCCCAACGGCCAACCCGGCAAAUUCAACCUCAACGAAGUCCGGAAGUACAACCCUGACGCUGAUGCUAUGGAUGAGGACGAGGCCACACCUGCUAAGAAGAAGCUUGUCCAGGAGGUGCAAGAUGAGGAGAUGGCUGAUGCUGAUUCCGACGAGGAGCCCGCCGUAAACGGUGCCGACUCUGACGAGUCCGAGGACGAGUCUCCCAAGAAGAAGUCCAAGAAGGACUCCGAACUCGAGAAGCUAGCCGAGAAGGCCGGAUUAAGCCUCAAACGAUACAAGCGCAAGCUCGAGCGAGGCGAGAUUGAAUUCGACGCCGCCGGUAACCCCAGCGCCGUCAGCAAGAAAGACAUCAAGAAGGCCAAGAAGGAAGCCAAGAAGGCCUCCAAGGGCGAGGAGAAGAAGCGCAAGCGAUCAGAUGACAACGAAGAUGCCGAUGGUAAAAAGAAGAAGAAGAAGAGGGACGACUAA